ACAGCCACCAUCCCAUCCCCUCCUCGCCCUAUGGCGUCGAUAUCUCUUAAAUACUUAUAGAGAUGGACCAAUAAAAGCAUAUUUAAAAGAAUUAAUGCUAGUUUUGUAAGCGAAGAAUUAGGAAGGCUAAUUAAGCUAGUAAAGCCUUCUAGAAAGAUUACGAUUGUAAAUUAGUUUUGAUAAUAAUGUUUCCAUUCCCAGUGUCCUUUCUUACGUCUCACCCUUCAUAUUAAAGAGGCAAAAGGAUUUCUAUUUUCAUAUGGGAAAGAAAGAAAAAGAAUUCCUAAUUCCCUAUGGAUUCAGAUUCCCAAUCUUUGCAUCCUCAUAUUGUUAUCUUCCCGUUCAUGGCAAAAGGCCACACCAUUCCUCUUCUUCACCUCCUCCGUCUCCUCCGUCGUCGUUUCCCUCACCUCUCUCUCACCAUCUUCACCACCCCCGCUAACCGUCCCUUCAUUUCCCAAUUCCUCUCCGACUCCUCCAUCUCCCUCGUCGACCUCUGUUUUCCCCAAAAUGUUCCCGGCCUCCCAACCGGCGUCGAAUCCACCGAUACUCUCCCUUCAAACUCCCUCCACCGACUAUUCUGCUGCGCCACAGAGCUUAUGCAACCGGAAUUUGAGGAACGCCUCCAAUCCCUCCCCGUUCCCGUGACCUUCCUAAUCUCCGACAUGUUUUUAUGGUGGACCCUCGAGUCGGCUUCAAAAUUCGGAAUCCCCAGAAUUAUAUUCAGUGGUAUGUCAAAUUAUUGCUCUGCCGUAUUUUCUGCCGUUAUGAAAAACAAAGCACUUGCCAGAGUUGUGUGUGUGGAAGAGAUGGUGACUGUAAGUGAUUUUCCUUGGGUGAAAAUCUGCCGGGGGGAUUUUGAUAGAGUUUUUUGGUCGGAAGCGGAAGAGAAGCCGACGAGCCUCGAUGUUGAAUUUUUAAUGAAGUCAGUUCAUGCUUCCAUGAAGAGCUACGGAUCGAUCGUUAAUAGCUUUUACGAGCUAGAGCCAGUGUUCUCCGAUUACGUAAGAAACAGUGGAAGGACUUGGAAUAUUGGACCACUUUGUCUGUACCAAUGUAGCUUCGAGGCCACAACAAACGGCCAAACGCAGCAGCCAACCAACCAAGCUAUAGGGCCAUUGUGGUUAGAAUGGUUGGAGGGAAAACUCAGGCAAGGAGAUAACGUAUUGUACAUGGCGUUUGGAACGCAGUCGGAGAUUUCGAGUGAACAAAUAAAAGAGAUAGAGAUUGGAUUAGAGGAAUCAGGAGUGAACUUUCUAUGGGUACGAAAAAAAGUAGAGGAAGAAAAGGAAACAAUGGAAGAUAAAGGGUUUGAAGAGAGAACAAAAGAGAGAGGGAUUAUAGUAAGGGAAUGGGUGAAUCAAUGGGAAGUGUUAAAACAUGAAGCUGUUAAAGGGUUUUUUAGUCAUUGUGGUUGGAACUCAGUGAUUGAGAGUUUGAGCUGUGGAGUCCCAAUUCUUACUUACCCGUUAAUGGCGGAUCAAAGUCUUAACGCAAGAAUGGUAGUGGAGGAGUUGAGGGCGGGGAUGAAGGCGGUGGAGGGGAGGUCGUUGAUGAAAGGGUUUGUAAAAGGGAAGGAUUUGAAGAGACAUGUGAAAGAGUUAAUGGAAGGAGAGGAAGGGAAAGAAGCGAGGAAGAAGGCAAUGGAGAUUUCAGAUAUGGCGAAGAAAGCUAUGGCGGAAAAUGGGUCAUCAUGGAGGGAUUUGGAACUAUUGCUUCAAGAAAUGUGUAACAAAUCACCAUUAUUACCGCAUAGUAAGAAAUGUAGUUAGUUCUUGAAACUACAUCUAUUUCUAUGCUGUGUUCAUUCAUAUGUUUGAUAUACAAAACUGAUAUGACACACACUGUCCUUACAAAGGUAGCUAGUUUGAAUAUCAAAUAUUGUUUCAUACUAAAUAUAUUAAAUAAGUAGAAUUUGAAUA